ACCCAAACGUACGAUCGCCCGUAACGCAUAUGUGUGUUGAUCGGCACCGUUUGUGUGUGUGUGUAUUGCUGUUAUCCUUUUUUCCUUCUUUCGCGUGAUCCCGUUUUCCUAUUUUCUUUAUGCCCAGUUUUUUUUUCAAACAAGACACCUUGCAACCGAGGAAUUACUCGAGCGUAUCCGUGUGGCUCAAUACUUCGCGAUCGUGCGUACUGGUCGGGUGAAGUAGAUCGAAAAUGAAAUUCGUUCAAAAACCAACCGUACAAUCCACAACAAUUCUAUCAAACUCUUCUUCGCUCCCUCUAUUCAAGUUCUCUCUCUCUCAUUCGUAAAUUCAUGUGUUGUUUUCCUUUUAAACCGUUCUACAAAACUUACCCUAUUGUGACGGUUUUUAUGGUGCUGCGUUCCCGUGUGCUGCGAUAUGUAUUGGUGCGUGUCUUUCCGGUGCGCACCCUAGGAAGGUCCUUGCGUGUAUCCUAGAACGCUGCCCGCAGGUAUUCGCCGCCCCGAGCAAACGCAGUUCGUAUCGAAUUCUGUUACAGUGCGGUUCGUUCUCGUGGCACAGCAGCACAGUCAUCAGCGUGUUUAGUAUUAAAGUGUUUUAAUUAUGCCAAUUUAUCGUAAAAAUAAACGUCCAAAGCCAGCAAGCUACGAGGUGCUAAAUAAUAAUGUCGACUACGGAACGCGUCGGAUCGAGCAGUUGCCACGGCCGUACAGCUGCCAGGUAACUCCCUACCGGGAGCUAGACUUCAGCGAACGGACAAAGCGAGCGGCCCAAGCAGUAGUGCCAUUUCUGCUUCCACCGUGCAAGGCCAUCUUCAUCGGUGAUGUGUCGAUCGGGAAAACGUCGCUGGUGAAUCGCUUCUGUCACGAAUCGUUCGAAGGUGACUAUACGGCUACGAUUGGGCUAGAUUUUGAGGUGGAACGGUUUCAGAUACUGAAUCAGCCGUACAAUCUGCAUAUAUGGGAUACGGCGGGACACGAACGGUUCAAAUGUAUCGCUCAGUCAUACUACCGGAAUACUAGCGUCGUGGUAGUAGUGUUCGAUAUGACCCGCCCCGAAACACUACUGAACGGGAAACGAUGGCUUGAUGAGGCACUGCGAUUGAAUCAAGGGCCGGUACUAAAGUUUCUCGUCGGCACUAAAAAGGAUCUUUUGAGCAAUCAGGCACUCUGUGAUAUCGAGCUGGAAGCAAUCAAGAUGGCGUACGAUAUUAACGCCGAAUACUGGCCAGUUUCGGCGCGAUCAGGUGAGAAUGUAACCAAAUUUUUCCGACGAAUGACGGCACUCGCUUUCGACUACGGUGUCCAACGUGCGAUGGAGUCGAACACUUCGCUAUUGCAACCGAACGGCAAUAGUCUACUGAAUCUGUACUUUCUGCGAAAGGAAAAAAAGGAGAAAAAGUUUCUGAAAUGUUUCAACUGUACAAUAAAUUAAUUUAUUAUUAUAUUUUACAAAACUCAGCUACCAUUGAA